GAAAUAAGUGAAAUUUAUUCCCAUUUUUUAGGAGAUUUUUUCUCUUUCGUUUGUCUUGCUGUAUAGUUAGAGUCCCCUUGAUUGAUCAUCCCUCUUCAUGUGCAUAUAUUUGAUGCUGGUUUCCUGUUCGGUUUGAAUUUUGUAAUGUAUUAGAAGAAAGAAGAAUUUAAUUUGUUUGAAAUUGGGUAGGAAUUAUUUCUGUGCUCGACUGAUUGAAGUUUGAUUGUGGAUUUGUUUUAUGGUUGCCGAUUUAGGCUGCUCCUCUAUUGUAUUUAGGUAGAAGGACAAGAUGCUUGGUAAUGGAGUUGUUGGAAUCCUAUCUGAGUCCACAAAUAAAUGGGAGAGAAGGGUUCCCCUUACCCCUUCUCAUUGUGCCCGACUGUUGCAUGGUGGCAGUAAGAAAACCGGAGUUACCCGGAUCAUCGUUCAACCAUCAACUAAGCGUAUCCAUCAUGAUGCUCUCUAUGAAGAUGUUGGCUGUGACAUAUCGGAGGACUUGUCAGAAUGUGGUCUCAUAUUGGGAAUUAAACAACCAAAGUUGGAUAUGAUUCUUCCUGAUACAGCCUAUGCAUUUUUCUCUCAUACUCACAAGGCACAAAAAGAAAAUAUGCCUCUACUUGAUAAGAUAUUAGCUGAAAGGGCAGCUUUGUUCGAUUAUGAGCUUAUAGUUGGAGAUCAUGGUAGAAGAUUGCUUGCAUUUGGAAAAUUUGCUGGAAGAGCUGGGAUGGUUGACUUCUUGCAUGGCCUAGGACAACGGUAUCUUAAUCUUGGCUAUUCAACGCCUUUUCUCUCACUUGGUGCAUCUUACAUGUAUUCUUCACUGGCUGCUGCAAAGGCUGCUGUUAUUUCUGUUGGAGAAGAGAUAGCUACUGCUGGACUUCCAUCAGGAAUCUGUCCCCUCGUAUUUGUUUUCACUGGUUCAGGAAAUGUUUCCCAGGGUGCACAAGAAAUUUUUAAGCUACUUCCUCACGUCUAUGUGGAUCCAGGCAGACUUCCAGGACUAUUUGAGACGGCCAAGGAUACUACUGAAUUAGGACGAGCAACAAAAAGAGUCUUUCAAGUAUAUGGUUGUGUUGUGACCAGUCAAGACAUGGUAGAACACAAAGAUCCUUCAAAAUUCUUUGAUAAGGUUGACUAUUAUGCACAUCCAGAGAACUAUAGACCUAUUUUUCAUGAAAAAAUAGCCCCGUUUGCUUCUGUCAUAGUCAAUUGUAUGUAUUGGGAAAAAAGAUAUCCUCGACUAUUGACUAUUAAGCAGCUGCAAAAUCUGAUGAGGAACAGAUGUCCACUCAUGGGAAUUGCUGAUAUAACUUGUGAUAUUGGAGGCUCAAUAGAAUUAGUUAACCAAACUACAUUAAUUGACUCUCCUUUCUUUAGAUAUGAUCCCUUCGAUGACUCAUAUCAUCAUGACAUGGAGGGUAGUGGUUUGAUCUGUUCAGCUGUAGACAUUCUUCCUACAGAGUUUGCAAGAGAGGCGUCCCAACAUUUUGGAGAUAUUCUUUCCCAAUUUAUUCGAAGCUUAGCUUCCUCCAAACAUAUUGAAGAGUUACCUUCACAUCUACAAAGAGCAUGUAUAGUUCAUGGUGGAAUGCUCACUUCCUUGUAUGAAUAUAUUCCUCGAAUGCGGAAAUCUGAUCUUGAGGAUGUUUCAAAACCUUCAGAAGCUGCUCACCCUGUGAAGAUGAAGUACACUACAUUGAUUUCUCUGAGUGGUCAUUUGUUUGAUCAAUUCCUAAUAAACGAGGCUCUGGAUAUCAUUGAAGCAGCCAGUGGUUCUUUCCACUUAGUGACGUGCCAAGUUGGUCAAAAUACAAAUGCUAUGUCUUAUUCAGAACUUAAAGUUGGUGCAGAUGAUAAAUUAGUUCUAGACAAAAUUGUUGAUUCUUUGACUUCACUUGCUAACCCAAAUGAAAGUAAGGAAUUUAAAGGCAGGAAAAAAAAUACGAUAUCUCUGAAGGUUGGUAGAUUCAAAGACACAGUAGAGAUGGAAGCUGACACAGAGAAAAAAGCUUCUGUUCUCAUUUUGGGUGCUGGUCGGGUUUGUCGGCCAGCUGCAGAAUUUCUGACAUCAAUUGGUAGCGAUUCACCACAGGAAUGGUUAAAAUCAUUCAGGAUAGGCGAUCUUGAAGAGCAGACUUGUGUUCAAGUUAUUGUUGCUUCUCUUUUUCUAAAAGAUGCAGAAGAGAUAGUUGAAGGUAUUCCAAAUGCUACAGCUGUUCAACUUGAUGUUAUGAAUCAGGAGAGUCUUUAUAAUUACAUUUCACAGGUUGAUGUUGUCAUCAGUUUACUGCCUCCUAGUUGCCACAGUACCGUAGGAGGUGCAUGCAUUCAGCUUAAGAAACAUCUCGUCACAGCUAGCUAUGUUGAUGAUUCCACAACCAAGCUUGAUGAACUAGCCAAAAGGUCUGGUGUUACAAUUCUUUGUGAGAUGGGCUUGGACCCUGGAAUAGACCACAUGAUGGCAAUGAAGAUGAUUAAUCAUGCCCACGUACGUGGGGGAAGGAUCAAGUCUUUCAUUUCUUACUGUGGUGGUAUUCCUUCUCCUGAAUCAGCAAACAACCCAUUAGCUUACAAAUUCAGUUGGAGUCCCGCAGGGGCUAUACGAGCGGGACGGAAUCCUUCAACUUACAGAUACCAUGGAGAAGUUGUACAUGUUGAUGGGGAGAACCUUUAUGAUUCUGCUAAAAGGCUUCGGCUGGCAGAUUUCCCAGCUUUUGCAUUGGAAUGCCUUCCAAAUCGAGACUCCUUAAUUUAUGGUGACCUAUAUGGAAUAGAAAAUGAAGCAUCAACCAUCUUUCGUGGAACCCUAAGAUAUGAAGGUUUUGGCAAUAUAAUGGGAUCACUAGCAAGAAUUGGUUUCUUUAGCACUGAGGUCAUCCCUAUCCUUGAGAAUCAGAAAAGACCCACAUAUAGAACUUUUUUAUUUUCACUUCUCAAAACUCGUAAUGGAAACUUGAAUGAAACUGCAAUAUGGGAGAAAGACAUAAUGGAAACCAUUGUUUCCCUUGGCCUUUGCAAAGAGACAGAAACUGCAAUACAGACAGCCAAAACUAUAGUAUUUCUGGGAUUUCAUGAGGAAUCAGAAAUACCAAAUUCCUGUCGAAGUGCAUUUGACGUUACCUGCCUCCGCAUGGAAGAAAGAUUGGCUUAUUCUGGGACAGAGAAGGACAUGGUGCUGAUGCACCAUGAAGUAGAAGUGGAUUUCCCAAAUGGUCAACGGACUGAAAACCACAGAGCAACUCUAUUGGAAUGUGGAAGGACUAAGAAUGGCAAGACAACCACUGCAAUGGCUCUUACUGUUGGGAUCCCUGCAGCCAUUGGAGCUCUGCUCAUGCUCCAGAAUAAAAUUGAUACAAAGGGCGUCUUAAGGCCUAUUGAUCCUGAAAUUUACGUGCCAGUGCUGGAUAUUUUGGAAGCUUAUGGCCUGAAGUUGGUGGAGAAGAUGGAUUAGUUCAGAAAUGUACAAUCUUAUGCACCCUUCAUACUUUUAGCUGGUACAUUCUUUGUAAAUUAUGAACACUUUUAUCAGUACCAAUUUGCUAAUGAGUCUAAACUUAUGGUACAGUACAUUAAGUUUUAGAGUAAUGGAAGGUAUGUGGAUCUCAUUUGAAUUACUGAUCGAAAUUGGUAAGAUUUUGGACAUUUGGCUGCUGAAAAUGAUUGGCACCCAUCUAAGGAGAAGACAUUUAGAAAACUCUAA